GUCCUCUCUCUCUAGCUAAAGGAAUGUAACAAGUAGCUGGAGUUUAUGGCGGGCUGAACUUGCACUAAGAUUGCAUACGGAGAAGGCCCUAAGGAUGUUGACCCUGGGGUAGGGCUGGAGAUAAAAGGGCCUGGUAUGAAGAGGCCUAGGGAAUUAACAGCAAAAGAUUGAAUCAAGCAGUAUAUGGCUGCUGUGUGUAGGGUCCCUAGGUUGGAACUUGGAGUAGUGGGUUUCACUACCAGCCAGAGGUAAAGUGAUGUAAACCCCAAGAAAGGGACAGGCCUUAUUUGGCAGCCUGAAUAAAGGGCUGAAUUUCAAGGGACCAGAGCUGGGACUGAAGAUCCUACUGAGUGCAAAUAGAUUUAGUUAUUGGACUCCUUAAUACCCCAGAAGGCUUUCAUUUGGAAUCUGUGACUCGGCUUGAGGGUCAAGCCACUGAAGACUCACCAAGGUUGGGUGGCAGCCUGCACAGGGUGCUGAAGUGAGAAAAAGACUAUGGUACCACACUCAGCCAUUGGGAGCUGCUCAAGAGACCAGUGACAGUAUGACAUGAGAGGCAAGCAGGAGGUGCAGCAGGCAGGUGUGGGCUUGGAUUGGGACAUCAUAGGAAGGUCACCCUUUCAACAUCUCCUGGUGUCCCGUGCCAUCAGAGCAAAAUGAAUGCAGGUGUUGACCAGCACUUGAUAGCUGGUGUGGCUGGGAUUGAAUUUAUAUCUGUUUAUUGACACAUUCCACUGGUAUGAAGAAGAUGAUGCUUACCUUUAUACACGGGUUAUGCUGGGUUCAACACUGGCUUGGGCGAGAGCUUCUGCAACAUGCCUUAAUUUUAACUGCAUGUUAAUCCUGCUACCAGUCAGUAGAAACCUUAUUUCAUUCAUAAGAGGAACAAGCAUUUGUUGUAGAGGAGCACUGAGGAGACAACUUGACAAAAACCUCACAUUUCAUAAGAUAGUUGCCUAUGGAAUAGCUUUAAAUGCAAUCAUCCAUAUUGUUGCACAUCUGGUCAACAUAGAGCGAUAUCAUAUAAGUCAAUCGAAGGAAGCAGGGGGGUUGCAGAAUAAACUUUCUGGCAUUGGCAAAACACCAAAUGAAAGCUACUUGAACCCAAUUAGAAGCUAUGAAGUGAACACAACAACACAGAUACUAACUACCAUAGCUGGAGUAACUGGUGUCAUAAUCACUGUGGCUUUCAUUCUGAUCAUGACUUCAUCUACAGAGAUCAUCAGAAGAUCAUUCUAUGAGGUGUUCUGGUAUACCCAUCACCUAUUCAUGGUUUUCUUUAUUGGUCUGGUUAUCCAUGGUACGGGUCAGCUCGUCCGAGGUCAGACACCACAGAGUCUGUUGCUGCACAAUGUCACUUAUUGCAAAGAUCACUAUUCAGAAUGGGAGAAAGCCACUCAAUGUCCUUUGCCACUAUUUUCUGGCAGUGAACCUGUGGCUUGGAAAUGGGUUUUCGGUCCUGUGGUAGUAUACAUCUGUGAAAAAAUUGUUAGGUUCUGGAGAUUUCAGCAGGAAGUUGUCAUUACAAAGGUGGUGACUCAUUCCUCUGGAGUCCUUGAACUCCAUAUGAAGAAAUGUGGCUUUAAAAUGGAGCCUGGCCAGUAUAUAUUUCUACAGUGCCCUUCUGUAUCCCAAAUGGAGUGGCAUCCUUUCACGCUUACCUCAGCUCCUGAGGAGGAAUUCUUCAGUGUGCACAUAAGAGUAGUUGGAGAUUGGACAGAAGCCCUGUUCAAGGCCUGUGGAGCAGAGGAAAAAGUCUUUAAGGAGCCCUGGAAGCUACCAAGACUGGCUGUGGAUGGACCAUUUGGAGCUGCAACUACAGAUGUUUUUCACUAUCGAGUCAGCGUAUGCAUUGCAGCAGGGAUAGGAGUCACUCCAUUCGCCUCCAUUCUAAAAUCCAUAUGGUUUAAGUGCUGUAAUCCUAAUACAGAACUGACGUUGGAGAAGGUUUAUUUCUAUUGGACUUGCCGAGAUGCAUCUGCCUUUGAGUGGUUUGCUGAUCUCCUGUUCUUGCUGGAAACACAAAUGGCUGAGAAAGGGAAAACCCAUUUUCUUAGUUAUCAUAUAUUUCUUACUGGCUGGGAUGAAAGUCAGGCUACUCAUAUAGCUCUACAUGAUGAUGAAAAGAUGGAUGUAAUUACUGGUCUGAGACAGAAGACCUUCUAUGGAAGGCCGAAUUGGGACACUGAGUUCAGGCAAAUAGCAGAAAAUCAUCCUAGCAACAGCAUCGGUGUAUUCUUCUGUGGACCCAAAGCUCUCUCCAAGAUCCUUCAAAAGAGGUGCAACUUGUAUUCAUCAGCUGAUCCUAGGGGUGUUCAGUUUCACUAUAACAAGGAAAGUUUCUAAACAGUAUUUUUGAAAUUUUAUAAUUGAUAUCAUUGUAUUGUAUGCUUUUUCAGUGAAAUCAGUGGGAGUUAGGGGUCUAAAUAUAGUUGAGGAUCUGGGCCCAAGUGUCUUUAUAAUUCAGAGUUUUUUAAAAAAAUUAAAACUAAAAACAUGAAACCCCCACAGAAUUUACAUAAGUUAGUAGAAGACGCAGCUACGCUCUAUUUUAAAAAAACAAAAGCAAAAAAUAUAUUAGAUUUGUACUGAGGUGUAAAACACAGUUCAUAGGGAUCAUAUAAUGCAUUUACCCAUCCAUGCAAUAAAACUGUGAAGCAGAAAACAUCCCAAGUGUGUUAGCAGUUGAAUAAGACAAAUGACAAUAUUAUAUAUGUACAAACACAUGGAAAAAUAUUCACUAGAGAAGACAAAACUAUAUAGACAA